AUGAGUGUCAUCUUAACGGAAACCAACGGGUCGGAUGAACGCCGAAAAGUAGCGAUAGUGGGUGCAGGUUUGGUGGGUUCUUUGGCCGCCUUGUAUUUUGCCCGCAUGGGCAAUCAGGUUGAUUUGUAUGAGUAUCGUGAUGAUGUACGUAAAUCUGAAUUGGUCCAGGGACGUAGCAUCAAUUUGGCUCUAUCUCAACGUGGACGCAAGGCUUUAUCCCAACUCGGCCUCGGGCUGGAGGAGCAGGUCCUUUCAACUGCCAUUCCCAUGAAAGGACGCAUGCUUCACAAUAUUCAAGGCAAGACCAGUGUAGUCAUCUAUGAUCCCUGUUUUAAACAAUGCUUAUACUCUGUGGGACGAAAACAAUUAAAUGAGUUAUUACUGAAUGCAUGCGAUAAGUUUCCCAAUAUCAAAUGCCAUUUUGAUCAUAAAUUGACCAAGGCCAAUGUAAAAGAAGGUCAACUGGAGUUCAAGCGGAGUCAUUCGGUCGAGGGUGUUAAAGCUAAAGCCGAUUUGAUUGUUGGCUGUGAUGGUGCCUUUAGUGCAUUGCGUCAGAAUUUGAUUAAAUUGCCAGGAUUCAAUUAUACGCAAGAGUAUAUAGAAACGGGCUAUCUGGAGUUAUGUAUACCGGCCAAGAAGAAUGAAUUCCAAAUGCCACCCAAUUAUUUGCAUAUCUGGCCAAGGGAUAAUUUCAUGAUGAUUGCCUUGCCCAAUCAGGAUAAAUCAUUUACGGUCACUCUCUCAAUGCCAUUUGAUAUCUUUGCCAGCAUUAAGAAUCCAGAAGAAUUAAUCCAAUUCUUUACGCAAUACUAUCCAGAUGCCUUGCCCUUGAUUGGCAAGGAGCAAUUGAUUAAGGACUUUUUUAAAACCAAACCACAACAUUUGCUCUCCAUCAAGUGUCGACCAUAUCAUUAUGAGAAUAAAGCUUUGCUAUUGGGCGAUGCUGCCCACGCAAUGGUUCCCUAUUAUGGUCAGGGUAUGAAUGCUGGCAUGGAGGAUGUUACCCUACUAAAUUCCCUACUGCAACAGUUGCCGCUAGAGGAGGCUUUGGCUCAGUAUACAGAACAACGUUGGCAGGACGCCUUUGCCAUCUGUGAUCUGGCCAUGUAUAACUAUGUGGAGAUGCGCGAUUUGACCAAGAGAUGGUCUUUUCGCUGUCGCAAGAUGUUGGACACUUGGCUGUUUCGUUUGUUUCCCACUAUCUGGGUUCCACUCUAUAAUAGUGUCUCAUUUACCAGUAUGCCGUAUAGCAAAUGCAUUGCCAAUCGUAAGUGGCAGGAUCAACUUUUGUGGAGGACUUUUCUUGGUUUCAUAGUUGUUGGUCUAGGUGUGACAGGAAGUGCUAUCUAUUGGCAGCGAUUUAGAUGAUUGAGCUAAUGUAUACAAACUUUUACAAAUUUUGAUUUGAAAUUGAAAAUACAAUAUAUU